AUUCGACAUUACGGUAAAUUUUUACAUCGUAAAGCACACAAAAAAAAGUGAGUGGUGUAGUUUGAUAUGCUGUGUCAUAGUAAUUUGGAAAGAAAUUCGACAUUUUGAUUGAUUUCAAUUGUUCACUUCCAAUUAUUGUGACCAACAACUAUUUCAAGGGAAAUCAAUCUCGUCGAUUUUAUUAUUUUUUUUCCAUUUUAUUUGAUUUAAUUAAAGUGCGGGCAAAUACAAAAACAAAAAAUCUCUGAACAUUAAAUAGAUGAAAAAUCUGUGAGAAGAGAGAAGAAGAAGGAGAGUAGACAAUUUCGUUGUGAAUUCUUCGAAUCUUAUUGGAAUAUAAUCUAUGCCAUUUAGAGGCCCCCAGAUUUUUCACAAUCUUUCAUCUAAUCAGAUUGAUUUCAUCACAGAAUUACACCGAUAAUAUCCACUAAAUUUGAUUUAUAUUUUCUUUCUACGUGGCACUGCGUACCGCUCACCACUCAUCUACAAAAAAAUCAUUCCCUUGGAUUCAACACAAGAGAAUUUCAAAACAAAACAACAACAAAAGAAGAAUAUAUCUUCAAAGGAGUUUGCAGCAGCAUCAGACAGCUCGCUGAGAGAACAACUCUACAUAAUAAGGAAAUUAUAAAAAAAAAAAUAAAAAAUAGUAGAACAGAAAAAAGGCACAAAAGUUCAACAACGUGUGCGUCAUCUUUAAGACGCCUAAAUAAUAUUAAAAAAAAAACCUAAUCUUUCUGCAAAUAUCAGUCGAAGAUUCCAACUUUUUUGUUGAGUUGUAGUCAUCGUGUGAUUAUUUUUAAUGAAUGAAUACGUUUCCUGUGACGGAUUGUUUCACAGAAUAAAACGUCAACCUAAAGGAUUUUUGUGACAUACAAAAUCAAGAGCAAAUCAAAAACCUUAUACAGAUAAAUUUGGAUAAAAAAAUAAGAUUGUGAAUUAAUUUUAUUAUUUUCAAUCGCAUUCAAAGAAAAAUUUAAAAAAAAAACUAUAUAAAUUAUUAGUAUUGCUAAUUUUCUGGGACCCUUACGUAUUUCCUAAAAUUUAAACAAAAAAAAAAGAAAAUAAUAGUUAUAAUAAUAAAACAAAAAAAAUAUAAGUCGUUUUGUCGCUGUGCGAAAACAACAUAGAAAUAUAUAUAUUUUAGUAAAUCUAAUCGCUUGACUGUCUGCUUCAACAUUUUUGAGUAGACAAAAAAAAAAUAUUAAUUAAAUUGAUUUUUCUAAAUCGAUUAAACAAAAUAAAAAGUCACUAAAAUAUAUAUAAAAAAAAAAACAAUAAAUCAACAAAAAAAAAAAAAACAACACCACCUCCUCAGCAACACAGCUAAAUAUAUAUUUAUAAAAUUAAAUAAAAAUGGAACGCGAAUCAAAUCCAAUGCAACCCAUGUGCCGCUCUGGAUGCGGUUUCUAUGGUAACCCAGCCACAGAUGGACUCUGUUCCGUUUGCUACAAAGAUUCCUUAAGAAAAAAACAACAGCCACCAGUCAGCAGCACGCCUGUGUCAGUUCCAAGCCCACAACCGAGUCCCACAUUUAGUCCAGCCAUUACAGUCACCAACACAGCACAACCAACAGUACAGAGUUUACAGCAACACAAUGAAAUAAAAGAAGCGGCCUGUGAAUCAACAUUGUCACCAGCAUCAUCAUCAUCCGCAUCAGUAUCGAGUUUGAAGACGACAACAACAGCAAAAACGGCAGUGUCGGUGGGAUCAGCGUCGACAUCUUCCUCCUCAUCAUCAUCAUCACCUUCAGCUACUACCGCAACAACUACAACAAUUCGAACAGGAGCGACAAGUUGUUCUUCGUCAGCAGCAGUUAGUAUCCUCAAUUGCUCGGCAUCCUCAUCCUCUUCCAAUUCAAACUCUACAACAAAGUGCUGUUCUACUUCCGUUUCCGCUUCGUAUUACUCAACGUCAUCGAAUUUGAUUUCGAUACGAAUUAUGGACUCCAAGGAGGCACUUAAUAACUCGGCUAAGAAAAGGAAAAUAAAUGAAGAAAACACAGUUAAAGACAGUGCAACAACGGCAGGUCCAUCAACUUCCACAAACGACGAACAAGACGACAAGGAAGGUGAUAAAGAUGCAAAAAAGAAAAAGAAUCGUUGUGCUGUCUGCCGCAAGAAGGUUGGAUUAACAGGUUUUGAAUGCCGAUGUGGUGGAUUAUAUUGUGCUGUACACAGAUACAGCGACAAACACGACUGCACAUUUGACUAUAGGGAACACGGGGCCCAAGAAAUUAGACGCAAUAAUCCUGUAGUUGUUGGCGAAAAAAUACAAAAAAUUUGAACUUUUGUGCCAUCAGUUUUAUAAUAUACAUAUAUAUAUAUAUACAUAAAAAAUUAAAUUUAAAUAAAUAUAAUUACAACAAAAAAAAAAUGAAACAAAAAACAAACAAAAAGGAAAUAUACACAUAUAAAAAGAGGAAAAAAAAAAAAACAAAACAUUACAAAACACAAUACACACACACGCCCACAUAUAAAAAAACUACAAUUAAAUAAAAAAAAUGGAAAAUAAGUAUAGUACAUAAUACAAUUUAAAAAACAAACAAAAAAUUAAGAAAAAAAAAAUACUAAAAAAAAGCGGAAAAAACAAUACAAAACAUAAAAAAUCGUGAAAAAUUACCUAGUUUACUAUUAAAUUAAAAAAAGAAAAAAAAUAUACAUAAAUAAUAAUGCAAGUGGAAUAUUAAAUAUUUUUUUGUUCUUUUGUUUUCUUUCGAAUUAAUAUUGAUUAUUAUUAUUACUUACUAUAUAUAUAAAGAGAAAAAAAAAAGAGUUUUUAGGUAAACAAAAAACAUAAACGCAUAUAUGUAUGUAAUAUGAAAACAAAAAAUCAACUUACUUUUAUUAAUUAUCACUCUUAAAUAUAAUAAAACAAAUUAUUAUUAUGAUUAUUAAUUAUGUAUAUUAAUUCUGCCGCCGCUGCAACCAAUUUAUUAAUCUCUCUCUCUCUCUUACACCACCAAAAACAGACAGACAAAUAAAGUUUUUUCGUCA